UGACAGUUGCCUGUACUACAUGUCAUCUCUACCGAGAAGGUAAAGAAUAUUGUUACUACGAGAGAAUGGUUGAAAUAUUUCCAACACACGUGAAGGAUGUCUACAUCUGCCACAUUAAGCAGUUCAAAGACCAUCGUGGAAAGCUCUGUGAAUUAUUCAACAUGGCCAAAUAUCCAGAAGAAAUUAAAAAAUUCUUCCCAAUUCAACAGAUUACUUGCGUGACCAAUAGAAAAUUUGCCCAUCGUGGACUCCAUAUAGCUGCUUACUCAAAACUCUUAACCUGCAUCAAAGGUUCAGUUUACGAUGUGGUUGUUGACACGCGACCAGACUCCAGCACUUACCUUCAAUGGGUAGGUGUAACUCUGAGUGAAGAGAAUGGGUACCAGCUACUCGUACCCCCUGACUGUGGACAUGGUUACCUAGCCCUGGAGGAGGGCUGUGCAGUUGUCUACUGCCAGGGUGGAUGUUUUCUGCCAUCUGUUCCUGAAAAAGCUGUCCAUUUGUUUGAUAAAGCUGUAUCAAUUGAUUGGCCUUUUAUUGAUCAGAAAAGCAAUUUUCUGAUAUCAGAAAAGGAUUCAAAAGUGCCCUUCUUAGAGGUGGAUAUUGAAAAAUUUAAACCCAAUCGCAAAAGAAUUCUAAUUAUUUCUUCAAAAGGUCAAGUUGGAAGUACAUUCUACAGGCUGCUAAAAGAAUGCAAUGACAAAUAUGUAGUUAUUGGCACUUGCCACACAGAUAAUGAUCCUCAACAUUACAAAUUUGAUUUGGAAAUUGCUGGAAAGGACCCAGCAUAUGUGAACCUGCUUUUGGAUGCCUGCAAACCCCAUGUGGUCAUUGUAUGUGGGGCCAUGGUCAAUGCAAACUUGUGUGAAUCACAAACAGAAUUGGCUUAUCUUGUUAACCGAGACAGUAUUGAACAGUUAGGAAAACAAAUCAAAAAGCGUGGUGCCAAGUUGAUCUUCUUCUCAACCAAUUAUAUCUUCAGUGACCCUCUCAAACCAGAUUUACCCCAAGACAGGAUCGAUAUGUUAGCUAAUGAUAUUGGUUUAAAGGAAGAUGCUCAUCCCAACAGUGUGAACGUCUAUGGUAAAUCUAAACUGGCCUCUGAAAAUAUAUUCCAAGAUGAUGUCACCAAUGUCUUGAUUAUACGCAUCUCGGGUGUGUUUGGACCUGACAUUAAAAAAAGGAACUUUGUGUACCAAGUUAUAGGGAAUCUUCUGGCUGGGAAUAAGAUGACGCUGCUUACAGAUGAAAUCCAGUGUCCAGUUUACACUCUUGAUUUGUGUAGGGCCACACUUGAGCUGAUGGAGAAAAACUGUUCAGGAAUCUACCAUGUUGCAGGACCAGAAGCAUUCAACAAAUACACAUUUGGUGUGAAGAUUGCUGAAAUCUUCAACCUUGAUACUUCGUUGUUAGUUCCAAUGUCAUCAGAAGAACUCAAAUUACCUGCCAAAAGGCCGUAUUUUGCAGCAUUAUCCACAGCAAAAUUUCGCAAGGAAGUCCCAGAGUUCAAGUUCCAUAAUGUAUCUGCUGCUAUAAGAGAUUGGCAAAGUAAAGAAAAUAAAAAUGGAAAGAUCUUGCCUGAAUUCUAAUAACAUGAGUCCUUUAAAGAGAAAGGAAAUAAAGUUAUAUUGAUUGUGUAUUAAUUAAUAUAAAUGAACUAAAACUUGCUGCUACUUUAGAAACAAUCUUUCAGGGUACUUUAAUAUUAUAUAUUUUGGGGGUAAUUUUGUUUGUAUUCUGUGAAGAGUCAAUGGUACACAUGGCCAAGAUGUACAAAGUCAUUUGUAUACAAGUCACCUGUGUAUAUGAAUGGCCAUUAAUAAAAGAUCAUUUUUAAAAGCAGACAUGAGCAACCUGCAGCCACCAGAGCCUUCUGUAUGGCAUGGCUAAUGAAAAAUUAUUGCUCAGAAAAGGUUGCCCAUAUCAGAUAAAAAGGUUAUUUGAGUUCAAAGCGAUUUGUGUAUUAGCGGAUUCAAACACAGAAUCUAUUUUGUAGAAGGUCAUUUAUCGUUUGUGUUUUAUCUUUCACUUGUUUCAGUCAUUCGACUGUGGCCAUACUGGGGCACCGCCUUGAAUUUUUAGUCAAAUGAAUUGACCCAAGUACUCUUUUUUUAAGCCCAGUACUUAUUUUAUCAAUCUCUUUUGCACAAAAGCUAUGUUACAGGAAUGCAAAUGCACCAACAACAGUUGUCAAGUGGUGGUGGUGGUGGUGGGGGACAAACACAGACAGAAAGACACACACACAUAUAUAUAUAUAAAAUUAAAUAAGGGUAGAAAUCGAUAUUAAUCAAUUAAAACCAGU